CCCGCGGUCAUCGAUAGUAUGUGGUUCCGGGCGAGAAGGUCAAUCGUGUACAGUGCAGCUACCAGCGCGGUGUCUUAGAAAAGUGCCCGAUGGAAUGGUUAUGCUUCACUUAUACAUACCUACCCAUACCGGGUGCUGUUCUAUAGAAAGGAUGAGGGGCCGCUUUUCUACUUCCUUUCUUUUAUUUACUUGUCCAGCUGCGGUUGAGUCGAAACAUGUCGUCUUUCAUCAUGAUACUUCCGCUGUGGACGUACCUCCUAGCUAUUGCCUCGGUGGCCUUCGCGCUUUCGCAUCGAUACCUCCGUAAAUCAAGAGCUCACUCGGCACCAGCAACGCAAGAUAAGAAGCCUUCACAGUUCCAGAAAAGCGAACGAACACACGGAGUAUGGCCGCCCUCAAGCUUCAAGACGCCCGUUCCCCCGGCGUAUCCCGACUGGUCCCUCACCUCGACGAAACCACUAUCCUACCGGCCCUUCCGCCACGGCCCCAAGUACUUCAUCACCAUGGGUCUGCGACGGAUGGCCUUCGACGACUGGAUCGAGCUGGACAACGAAUUCCUCUCGUUCCACGCACAAAAAGCUUCGCGCAUCCUCACGCGCGGCGAGAAGUGCUGCCACACCACGCCCGAGGCGAUGCCGGCCGCCUAUGAGCUCCUCGAGGAGCUCGCGGCGUACCUUCCGGCGCGGUAUCCCAGCUUGUAUACGCGCACGGAUGUGGGGAUGGAUAACCUCGCGACUGGCGAGUCGUUCGACAUUGUGCGCCGCCCGUUGGUCGAGGACCCCAUGGUGAUGGCUGCGCGGUGGGUGCAGGACGACCUCGCGAUCAUGCUCGAAGGCCCCGACGGGAUGUACUAUCUCAAGGCCGGCUGCACGCUGCUCACGGGCUUCUGGCGCCUGCAGGAUAAGCUCGGGAUGAGUCUUGACAACAUUCACCUCUCCGGCGACGUCCCCGGGUUUAGGCAGAAGCUGCAGAAGGGGAUGAAUAACUUCUUUACGCGCAUACAGCCUGAGGCCCCCAUGGUUAGGAAUAAUUACUUCAUCCAGGUGGAUGGUGUGCUGCCCUGGAGCCCGAGUAUUGGUAGCGAGGAUGGGAGGGAGGGCGAGUUUGGUUGGUUCACUGCCGAGAAAGAUAAACCGAUCGAGGAGAUUUAUUUUAGGAGUGAGAGGCAGAGCCUUAGGAGGCUUCCGAAGAGUGGCGGUGUGGUCUUCACCAUCCGCACCUAUUUUGCCCCAGUUCCGGAGAUCGCGAAAGAACCGUAUGUUCCCGGAAGACUUGCGAGUGGGAUACGGAGCUGGGAUGAGGAUGUGGCAAAGUAUAAGGGCCGUGAUCGGUAUGAGACUGUCCUGCUUGCGUACCUAGAUAGCGAGCAUCAGAAGCAGGUGGAGGCAGGAUUACCGGUCGAUAAGGAGGAUGGGACGCUGGGUUAUCCUUGGUAAAUCUAGACGCAGGUUUCCUAUUAAAUAAUACCCGAAAUGCAAUUGGAUCCUUCGUGUUGGAGGGGUCCGGAUGUGUAUCUGCAGUGUUGUCGAGCUACCUAUGCAACAUGUGGUGGCAUGUGGUGGUGGUGGUUGUCCUAGAAACCACCGCACUAGGACCCCUUGCUCCAAGUGAGAGGG